AUGAGACCACACGAGGCCACCUACCGCGCCGCCGCAUCGGAUCCCAGCACCCCCUCCCCCAUCCCCACCCCGCUCAUCUGCUUGGCUCCAAACCCUAGCUCCGAUUCCCACAAACCAAGAGGUUUUCCAAAAUUCGUACGAAAUUUCCUACCAAAUCACUCGCCGGUGCUUCCCAAGGGUGGUGAUGCCAUGAUGCACAUGCUGGUGGCCUCGGAUGGGGGCGGAGGGGAGAUGCACCCGUACGCCGCCGUGCCGGCUGAGCAGGAGCUGGAGCUGCACCGCGACAACGCCGCCGACGACAGCCUCGACGGCCACGUCCGGUGCCUGCGAUGUGGUAUAUCGGGUAAUGCGACACCCCAUAUGCGACGUGGCCCUGAUGGCCCGAGAACUCUUUGCAACGCUUGUGGCAUCGCUUACAGGAAGGGUAAAAUGAGAAGAAUGAUAGAAGCUGAACCACCUAUAGAUGAGGCUUCACUUGCUAAGCUUGUUCCUGAGGUGGACAUGGAAUUUGAGAGCGAGGAAAAAGCAUAUGAAUUCUACAAUAAAUAUGCUGGGCAUGUUGGCUUUAGUGUUCGAAAAAGCACGUCACAUAAAUCUUCUGAAAAUAUUACCAAAGUAAGGACUUUUGUAUGCUCAAGAGAGGGUUACAACAGGGAUAAAAAAUCGUUGGAGGCAAAGAAACCAAGGUUGGAUACAAGAAUUGGCUGUCCAGCACGGCUGAUUAUUAAAGUCACACCAGAGUGUAAAUACAGGGUCACUGAUUUUAAAGCAGAGCACAAUCAUCAGCUGGCCCCUCCUUCGACGAUGCAUAUGUUAAGGUCACAAAGGAUAUUGACAGAACUUCAGUCUGGGGAAGCAGAACUGUCAGAUGAUUCCGUAGUGACACCAACCACAAAAGCAACUGGUGAUCUUGUUGUGAGACAAGUUGGUUUCCUUCGAAGUAUUUCUGUCCUCCCAGCAGAUUACAAGAAUUAUCUCCGGUCAAAGCGCACGAAGGCAAUGCAACCUGGUGAUGGUGGAGCCAUAUUAAAAUAUUUGCAGACUAUGCAAAUGGAUAACCCCUCGUUCUUUUAUACCAUGCAGAUUGAUGAGGAUGACAAACUAACCAACUUUUUUUGGGCAGACCCAAAAUCUAGAGAGGACUUCACCUACUUCAAUGAUGUACUAUGUCUAGACACAACUUACAAGAUAAAUGGAUAUGGCAGGCCAUUGGCAUUAUUCCUUGGUGUGAAUCAUCACAGACAAACAAUUAUCUUUGGUGCAGCUAUGCUUUAUGAUGAAUCAUUUGAGUCAUAUAAGUGGCUAUUUGAGAGUUUUAAGAUAGCAAUGCAUGGAAAAGAACCAGCGGUAGCUUUAAUAGAUCAAUUGAUUCAGUUGAGUAGUGCAAUGGCAGCCGCCUGGCCAAAUACUGCUCAACGAGUUUGUGCUUGGCAUGUAUAUCAGAAUUCUGUUAAGCACCUGAAUCAAGUUUUCCAAGGUUCAAAGACAUUUGCAAAGGAUUUUAGCAAAUGUGUCUUUGGCUACGAGGAAGAGGAAGAAUUCGUGUUUGCUUGGAGAACUAUGCUAGAAAAGUAUGAUCUUAGACAUAAUGAGUGGCUGUCUAAACUGUUUGACGAAAGGGAAAGAUGGGCAUUGGCAUAUGAUAGGCAUAUAUUUUGUGCUGACAUAAUAAGUUCCCUUCAAGCUGAGAGUUUUAGUAGCAUUUUGAAGAAAUUCUUGAGCCCUCAACUGGAUCUGCUAUCCUUCUUCAAACACUAUGAAAGAGCAGUAGAUGAGCAUCGCUACGCUGAGCUCCAAGCUGACUUCCAAGCUAGUCAAAGUUAUCCAAGAAUACCCCCAGCCAAGAUGUUAAAGCAAACUUCCCAUAUGUACACACCAGUGGUGUUUGAGAUCUUUCGUAAAGAGUUUGAACUGUUUAUGGACUCUGUGUUAUUCACUUGUGGAGAGGCCGGAACAACUUCUGACUACAAAGUUGCUCCUUCUGAAAAGCCCAAGGAACACUUUGUUAGAUUCAACUCAAGUGAUAACUCUUGUAUGUGCACUUGUAAGAAGUUUGAGUUUAUGGGUAUUCCAUGUUGUCACAUGUUGAAGGUGCUCGAUUACAGAAAUAUCAAGGAGUUGCCUCAUAUAUAUCUGUUGAAGCGAUGGAGAAGGACUGCCAAGUCUACAGAUGAAGACAGCCAAGGCCAUGCAGCAAACGAUAACAGGUCAUCAUUAAACGUCUCUGUACCUUCUGCAAAUCACCAUGGGCUCCAAAGCAUCAAUGCAAGGAUUCAAGACACAUCGCUUUCCAAUAUGCAUGAGAACCCAUUUCAUAGAAGCUCCUAAUGAAGGUCGCUUCACCGCACGGAUGAUGAUUCCAUGUGUGCCUUGCCAGAUGUUAUAAUAUUGACAGUUGAAGCAGUGAGAAUAUGACAGUGGGGAGCUCCCCUCCCCUGAAUAAGUUUCUCAACUUGUAAAUUAUGCGGCUGUAGGAAAUUUUCAGCUUUUGAGCCGCUCAUCCUUGGUUUAGUCUAGAUUCUGAUACAGCCUCGUGCCUGUACUGCGCUGGAAAUAAUUCAGAAAUUUUGUGCGUCGUGUAAACAUGAUGUGGCCAUCCUAGCCCAUUUAUCCCAAGCAAAAAUGAUUGUUCAGCCAGCCCAAUCAACUUGUCAAUCUAGCAGCUCAAGCUUACUGUUACUGCACGCCCAGGAAAGCUAAAUGAACAGGGACUGUUUUUGUGCUUCUGCGGCUGAAACUUGUGCAGACAGCCUAGCCUGACCGCUCAUGAUCAACGAAGGUCUUCGGUGUGAUGCAGAUCUGGUGGGGCUUCACCUGCAGGUGAGCUGGGCAGCUCGUGCAUCGAUGAAACUUCGGAAGCAAGGCAAACCAGCUUUGGCAGUGGAUCUAUCUCAGCCAGAGGAGCUGCCGUUGACUCUCCAGUGGACAUCGAUGAUCAGGCCCUGGUAUGCCAUCCUGUCCAGAACUGCAUAAUGCAAGCAACAUGGUAUCGUGUUGAAUCGCAUUAUCUGCGGCCGUUGGUUCGAAGUGCAUAAUUGCAUUGUCUUGUGUUGGAAAAUGGUGCUGGCAUGUGUUUCUUGGGGUGCUGAAGGAGAUUUCCUGCUCU